AAGCCCAAGUCAAAAGCCCCAAAAUCAGGCAAAUUGCUUAUAUAUACACCUUAAUUUCAUCAAUACUUUCAACAACCUCUUCCCCGCAUCAUUUGUUACCAACACACACACAUAAAGUCCUCUUCCAGACCCACCUGAGAAUAUGUCGAGCGCCCAGUUGAACGCCGGUCAAACCCGAAGCGAGGCACAGGCCAAGACUGAAGAGCUGGUGAACACGGCCCAAAACACUGCGGACAAGGCCUGUGACAAGAUGGCGGACUCCAGUGAGGAGGCCCAACGCGGGAAGGAACAAAGCGCUAGCUUCCUUCAACAGACUGGAGAGCAAGUGAUGAGCAUGGCACAGGGUGCCAUAGAUGGUGUGAAGAACACACUUGGAAUGAAUGAGAGGAGCAAGUGACCAUCAUCUCUCUCUCUCUGCGUAUGCCACCAGGAGUUGCAGCUUUUCAUUUUAGGUUUUCUUCGUUUUAAGUGAUUUGAUUUUUGAGAUUUUCUGUCAAAAGAGGGAACUCUCUCAUCACAUGUGUAAUUUUCUUUCUUGUUUUCCUUCUACCCAAACAGUCGAAUUUGUAACUGUUGAAUAAAAUGCUCAAUUCUAAAUGGUGCAAGUU